GGUGGCGCCGUCCACAGCCAACGAGCGAGGCGAGGAGGCGGGCGGCAGGUGCUGGCCGCGGGGUGCUGCGCUCUCCUCAGCGCCUCCCUUCCGCUCUGCCCCCCGCGCCGGGCCGCUCGGCGCUCAGCUCACGGGCAGCUCGGGGCCGCCGCCGCCGCCGAGGGGGACCGCCGGCGGGCUCAGGCACUGCCAGCGUGCUAUAACGAUGGGGUCGGAAAACCAGCAGAACCCUGGCUGUAAGAUUAUGACCUUUCGUCCCACCCUGGAGGAAUUCCGGGACUUUGGGAAGUACAUCGCCUACAUGGAAUCGCAGGGCGCUCACCGGGCAGGGCUGGCCAAGGUGAUUCCUCCCAAGGAAUGGAAGCCCCGAAAGACCUAUGAUGACAUAGAUGACAUGAUUAUCCCAGCUCCUAUUCAGCAGGUGGUUACUGGCCAGUCGGGGUUAUUCACCCAGUAUAACAUACAGAAGAAGCCGAUGACUGUGGGAGAAUACCGGCGUCUGGCUAACAGCGAGAAGUAUUGUACUCCGCGCCAUCAAGAUUUUGAAGACUUGGAGCGCAAGUACUGGAAGAAUCUCACGUUUGUCUCACCCAUUUAUGGAGCCGAUAUCAGUGGCUCACUAUAUGAUGCAGAUGUGGAAGAAUGGAAUAUUGGCAAUCUGAAUACCCUCUUGGACAUGGUGGAACACGAGUGUGGCAUUAUCAUAGAAGGUGUCAACACUCCCUACCUCUACUUUGGGAUGUGGAAGACAACGUUUGCUUGGCAUACCGAGGACAUGGAUCUGUACAGCAUCAACUACUUGCAUUUUGGGGAGCCAAAAUCCUGGUACGCGAUCCCUCCAGAACACGGCAAGAGGCUGGAGCGCCUGGCGAAAGGGUUUUUUCCAGGAAGCUCUCAGGGCUGCGAUGCUUUUCUCCGCCACAAGAUGACCCUCAUUUCGCCCUCCAUCCUGAAGAAGUACGGCAUUCCUUUCGACCGGAUCACCCAGGAAGCUGGAGAGUUCAUGAUUACGUUUCCCUACGGUUACCACGCUGGCUUCAACCACGGCUUCAACUGCGCCGAAUCCACCAACUUUGCCACUUUGCGAUGGAUCGACUACGGAAAAAUGGCAACACAGUGCACAUGCCGCAAAGACAUGGUGAAGAUUUCCAUGGAUGUCUUUGUGCGGGUUCUGCAACCGGAACGAUACGAUUUGUGGAAACAAGGCAAAGACAUUGCUGUCCUGGACCACAUGAAACCCACAGCUCUGAGCAGCCCGGAGCUGGAUGCCUGGAAUGAGACCAAGGCAGAGUUGAAGGCCAAAUUGCUUCGCAGGAUAGGAGACGAGGAAGAGGACACCAAACACCGGUCUCACCGCAAAAGAAGUCAACCCAGAAGACAUAAGACGGAGGAUCAGAAGUCCCUUGGGGACGUCAUGGCCAUUGAAACUGCCUUGGAAGAUGUGAAAGUAAAAGAGGAGCUGAAAAGGGGCCCAGAGCUGGAGGAAGAGGAGAGAAGCAAAGGGACUGAGGGAGAAGGUGACUGCAAAGCAAAGGCCCGUCCCCCAAAAAUAAAAAGUGAGAGGAAGAGGAAGCACCUUUUCCAUCAACACCAGCAACAUCUGCCAGCACCGCAGCCUCCCACACCGGCCCCGCAGCAGCUGGCAGAGGACGAGGCGCCAGUGGCACGGCCACCGGUGCCCCCAGCACACCCAACGUCCUCCGCAGCGCAAAAGAACCUCCCUCCAGCACCCCUGAAUGUUGUCCAGCCCUCAGAGGCGUCAGUUGAAGAAGACGACUUUAAAUCUCGGCCCAUCAUUCCCAUGCUUUACGUGGUUCCGCGGACCAAAAAGGUGGCGUUCGACAAGGAGCGCAUGUCCUGCCAGCAGGCCUUCGAGCAGUUCGCCACGCAGAAGAGUCCCGGCUGGCAGGAGCAGGCGGUUCCAAUGGAAAUCCCGGUGAAGGACGAGGAGAAUGCAGAAGCAGAAAAUACAGAGGUCGCUACAGAGGUCAGUGAUUCACAGACUGCUGCUGCUUUUGCAAAAAUGAAGAUGAAGAUAAAGAAGAGUCGUCGUCACCCACUGGGCAAACCACCAGCCCGCUCCCCGCUGUCGGUGGUCAAACAGGAGACCUCCAGUGAUGAGGAAACAUUUCCAUUUUCUGGGGAGGAAGACAUGAGUGACCCAGAGGCUCUGAAAUCGUUGCUUUCCCUCCAGUGGAAGAAUAAAGCGCAUAAUUUCCCAGCCGAAAGGAAAUUCAACGCGGCCGCGGCGCUGAGCGAGCCGUACUGCGCUGUCUGCACCCUGUUCUACCCCUACAACCAGUCCUUGCAGAUGGAUAAAGAAGCCGUCCCGGCCUUGGGAGGGGAGCCCAGCUCUUUCGUGCACCUUUCCAAGUGCGGACAGAAGACCAAGCCCCUGAUCCCCGAGAUGUGCUUUACCUCAAGUGGAGAGAACACUGAGCCCCUUCCUUCCAAUUCCUACCUUGGGGAGGAUGGAACCAGCCCCUUGAUAUCCUGUGCCAAAUGCUGCCUGCAGGUUCAUGCUAGCUGUUACGGAAUUCGUCCAGACUUGGUGAAUGAAAGCUGGUCUUGCUCACGGUGCUCAGCCAACGCGUGGGCAGCGGAGUGUUGCCUGUGCAAUCUCAGGGGAGGAGCUCUGCAGAUGACCACGGACGGGCGGUGGGUCCAUAUAAUCUGUGCGAUCGCUGUCCCCGAGGCCCGUUUUCUCAAUGUGAUAGAGCGUCAUCCUGUGGACAUCAGUGCUAUUCCGGAGCAGAGAUGGAAACUGAAAUGCGUGUACUGUCGGAAGCGGAUGAAGCGGGUGUCGGGCGCCUGCAUCCAGUGCUCGGACGAGCUCUGUUCCACGUCCUUCCACGUCACCUGCGCGCACGCGGCCGGCGUCCCCAUGGAGCCCGACGACUGGCCCUACGUCGUGUCCAUCACCUGCUUCAAACACAAAGCCGCUAACCAGAAUGUACGCUUGGGGGUUUGGCUUUUGUUGCCUUUUUAUUUUGUGGUUUUGACGCAGCUUUUAUGGUUGCAAAGAGCAAAUUGUUCCAUUUUCUCUGCAAUGCAGGUGCCGUUUCGAAGAGAGGUGACCCUUGGACAGACUGUGAUCACAAAGAACCGGAAUGGACUCUACUACCGAUGUAAAGUGAUUGGCAUGACAACACAGACUUUCUAUGAAGUGAACUUUGAUGAUGGUUCAUACAGCGACAACGUUUACCCAGAAAGCAUUAUUAGCAGAGACUGCAUCCAGCUGGGGCCCCCUCCGGAGGGAGAGCUGGUCCAGCUGCAGUGGACGGAUGGAAUUGUCUACAAGGCCAAGUUUAUUGCAGCCCAGAUCAGUCACAUUUACCAGGUCGAGUUUGAAGAUGGUUCCCAACUCAUGGUGAAGCGUGGGGAUAUAUAUACCUUGGAGGAAGAGCUUCCCAAGAGAGUGAAGUCUCGCCUGGUGGGUAUCGAGUCCCUCAGCACCGCGGCCCCUCAGGAAGAUGUAUUUUCGGGAGAUGAAGUGAGAGCCAAACGUCCCCGGCUGGGGAAUUCAAGAAAUCCCGAAGAAUACGGACAAAACCCCGAUUACUUGGCCUUUAUGGAGAGCCUCUUGCAGACACAGUACCAGCCUGGAACUCAGAGCAACAUGUUUUAACUAGGAUUAAUUAAAAAUAAAAUUAAAUUAACCCUUUUCAAGCCUGCGGAAAAAAUAAGGAGGGAACUGUGGACUAGAAGACCAGCCUUGUGCAAUAGCUGUGAAUUUCUUUCGUCUACUCUUGGUUUCAGUGCACAAAGUCCCGUCUGGCUGCGCUACCUCCACUUGGCCAGGAACACAGAGCUUGAAAACCUUCCGACAGCAUUUUCCAUGGAGAAUUUGGGAGAGUUUGUCCUAACGGGGCUUUGUGACCGGCUCCUUUUUGUGAGGCUUGGAAAGGGUUAAAAUUGAACACAGUGACUUUUUCAAAUAUGUCAAACUUUUGUCUUUCAAGGUGCUAUUACAUUGACUACUGAAGCAGCCUUCGGAAUGGUGUUUUCUGUACAUAGACAUCACCUUUGUGAAGUUUUCUAUAAAUGAGCAUUAUUAAAAAAAAAAAACAAGCAAACAAAACCAGGAAAACAAAAGUUUCCACAAAACAUUUUUCUAGCUGAUGGCUUUAAAAGCAGAAAAGAAACAAAAUCCUCCUCCCUCACCCCAACUGAGAUGUGACUGAUGUGACCAUGGGGAGAGCAAGAGCCCAUGUCCUGGAGAGCUCCGGGUUCUUUUUUUUUGUAAAGAAACACUAUUUGCUUUGUAAACUGGGGAAAAUGGGACAAACGUUUCACAGCCGGGAUAUUUCUUACCGUUAGUUCUCUGCAAGACUCGCGAUCCACGUUGCGUUUCUGCCUUGGCACCAGGAAGGGACUCCGGGCAGAACCGGCAGGUUGGGUCAUUCUCGUCAUCUUCCCUCCCCACCUUUGCCAUCACCGUUGCUUUCUAGUUCCAGCCAGCAUGGCUUUCCGUUCGAUACGCCAGUUCGAGUUUUGGCAAGUGUUUUGUUGCCGCUUCUUGUGUUAAUUCCUUUUGGAGCCAUCCCUUCCCAGUGCGGCGGAGCACCGGGGAUCGCUCCGCUAGGCAUGUCCCCCAUAGGAACCUGUUUCUUUUCUUUGUCUCCUUAUUUUUAUUUGAUUUUAUUUUAUUGAGUUGUGCCCCUUACAGUUGUGAGAAUCAUUCCAUGACAGAAGCCUGGGAGGUGUUUGUAUGUUUGUUUGUUUUCUUUUAUCUUAUUAAAGAAGAAAUUCCCCAAA